CAAGCCAAUUUCUCUGGAGUGCAACGUCCUUCAGUCAUACCACGAAUUCUUCCCCUAUAAUUUGACGGCUUCAAGUAUCGCCUACUAUAGACUACAGCAGCCGACCUAUAUCGCCUUAUUUUUCCGCAAUGCCGCUCCAGAACGUUUCGGCAUCUCCCCUCAUCGCAACCGCACAAGGAUCAGGAUUUCUCACCCACGACGCCAUCUCCUGCGCGUCAAACACCGUAGGCCUCGUCUCCCUCUCGACGCCGCCGCGCUUUUCCUGCGAAUCCGCAUUCCCGAAUAUCCGCUUCUCCGAGGCGAAGCGCCGGCGAUCUGACAUGGAUUAUCCCGAGACGAAGCGCCAGCGAGGCGGAACGUUCUUCGAACGUCACAGCGACGUGCGUCGUCUGAUGAUGCCCGCUGACGUCAUGGCUGCAUUGGAAGAGCUGACCAACUCCAACCCAGCUUCGCGCAACCAAGCUUUUCCCGACCGCGAUAAUAUCACACCCGCUUAUAGGAACGUACGCGGGGUUGGGGCUAUCCGCCAUAGCCCAAGCCAAAGCUCUCAUGUGGCUGGCGUCGACACUAAGCAAGGUCCUAGUAUUUCUGAUAAAAGCGAUGCGAUUCGCGACGAUUGCGGAGUCGCGGCGCCAGACGACUUCCAGUCGCGCAACGAGACGCGCGACAUAGCCGAGUUGGCGGAUUUCCGGGAAUUGGGCGACUUCGACGAGGAGACGAACCGGCUGCUGGACGUGAUCUGGCCCGAGUGCGCGGCCGCACGAAGCGACUCAGUACGAGGCGAACCCGACACGGCUCGCCCGGGAGCCGAGAAGCUCAACGGCGGAGGACCAUGGGGAAACGCGGCCGGGGUUUUGGAGGGGGACGUAGUGGUGGUGGUUGGUGAAGGCAAUUUGCUGGAGAGGCAGGGCUCGAGCACGGCUGCCACAUCGGCGAGCCUGGACGCUUUACGAGCAUCUCCACGAGUCGCAGCGCACUCAGCGCGCAAAUCUGAUGAGCGACAAACGGACGAGCUAGUACCGCGGAUUUCGCAGCGGGACAUGUCAUCCCAGGUGGUGCCGAGCGUCGCCUGUGCGCCGAUCGAUCCGAACCAGAUGGAGCAAAUCGAGAGGGCGGUACGAGGCUCGAGCCCGGGAGUCGCGGUCGCUGUGCCGUUGAUCCAACCGAAGCUUCAAUCUGCAUCGUCGAUUCCCGACACGACAACAUUUUCGCGAAUGGUUGCGGAGUUCACGAAGGCAAUGGCAGCGCCAGCGACAGUCCCGGCGACUGCGGUUACUGCGGCGACUAUGCCGCCCGUAACUUCCGCGUUUUUGCUGCGGCAAUUAGACGAGUUGGGUGUUGUAAACGGCAGGUGUGAUUUGAGUGGGGAUCUGCGAUUCGGAGCGAGUCCCGAGGUGAGCGGCGAGGCGACGUCGCGCAGGUGGACGAGCCGACAUCCUGCGACAUUCCGGGCGUCGCAGACGUCGCAGGUGUCGCCAAUUACCGCUGCGAUGGCGUGCGACUCCCUGGGCUUAUUGGGCGGGGGGCUCCCGGGGAGCACGAAAGAGCUGCUGCGAUUGGUCGAAGAGAGCAUCCGCGCAAACGAGUUUGCGCUGCAGCAGAUGGGGAAGGGAAAGCCGUGAAUCUCGGAGGGCAGGUCAGGUGAAAUAGUAGUCCGGAACCUGAGUGCUUCGUGGUUUGAAAUAGUACGCUUAUUAUUAAAGUAUAUUCCUAGAAAAGCUACGUUUGUGGUAGUGUACAAUAAAAGCUGGAAUUAUUCCGAUCAAAAUUUGCCCUGGCCAGAAUUGUA